ACUGUGCGUCGGUUAGACGAGAACGUGUGUAUCGUUGUUCACAGGAGCCAAAGUAAUAAAUUAAUAUAAACCUAAAUUUAGACCAAAUCAAGAGCGAGUUGCACCGUUGAGGCGAUAUGGAUGACGAAGAGGAAACAUACAGACUGUGGAAGAUUCGCAAAACCAUCAUGCAGCUGUGCCAUGACAGAGGCUACCUGGUGACACAGGACGAGUUGGACCAGACACUGGAGGAGUUCAAGAGUCAGUUUGGAGACAAACCCAGCGAGGGUCGCCCCAGGAGAACAGACCUCACUGUGCUGGUGGCGCACAACGAUGACCCCACAGACCAAAUGUUUGUUUUCUUUCCUGAGGAGCCCAAGGUAGGAAUCAAGACGAUUAAGAUGUACUGUCAGAGGAUGCAGGAAGAGAACAUCACACGAGCCAUCAUUGUUGUUCAGAUGGGCAUGACACCGUCAGCCAAACAGUCUCUAGUUGACAUGGCACCCAAAUACAUAUUGGAACAGUUUCUACAGCAGGAGCUGCUUAUUAACAUCACAGAGCACGAGCUUGUUCCAGAGCACAUUGUUAUGACAAAGGAGGAGGUGACUGAACUUCUGGCAAGAUAUAAAUUAAAGGAAAGUCAGUUGCCGAGGAUCCAGGCCGGGGACCCUGUGGCUCGCUACUUUGGUUUGAAAAGAGGACAGGUUGUAAAGAUCAUCAGACCUAGUGAAACAGCGGGGAGGUACAUCACAUACAGGCUGGUGCAGUGACAGACAGGAGCCCCAGCGAAGGAAACUGAAGACGUUACAUCUUUCAUCACUCAUCCAUGGAUUCUACUUCUGCUUUUUACCUAUGUUGUUUAAAUUGUUUCUCUUGUAAUUACUAAUUCUGUAAAAUAAACAAUCUAAAAUGUAA